AUGCGCGAGGCGACGACGAUUUCAGACUCCAGCGGUGAUGGCGAGGCGGGAGGAGAGGGAAUGCAGGCAGCAGGCAGGCAGGAAGAAGCCCGUUCUCCACAGGAGCAGACUGAUCCGUCUCAAGCCAGUCCCUCUCGUUCACCUGCUCAGCAGCAGCAGCAGCAGCAGCAGCAGCAGCAGCAGCAGCAGCAGCAGCAGCAGCAGCAGCAGCAGCAGCAGCAGCAGCAGCAGCAGCAGCAGCAGCAGCAGCAGCAGCCAGGUUCCACAUCAGCAGCAGCGGCAACCAGCUCGGAAGAUCCUCCUGAGCCGCAAUCCGGACCUGCAGGUGGCCCAGCGUCCGAACCAACAAUCGGCUCAGCGACUGAACCUGCAGCUGGCUCGGCAUCCAAGCCUCGGGGAGCAAAGAAGCCACACCACCGGAAUGUGAUAGAUCAGAAACUGCAACAGGAAAUAGUCGCUCUGAAGCAGGCUCACCCCGUGCUCACCAGCGCGCACAUCGCGCGCGCGGUUACUAAGCUGUACGGCGUUCCAGUGAAAGAGUCGCAGGUGGAGAUGAUUAUACUGAGGUCCACUGUAGACCGGAGCGUGCAGAGCGACUGGACGAGGUGGCGGCGUACGCGUUAUAAGAACCCGCCGCUGGAGAAGGCGCUGGUAAAAUGGGUGCGCGAGAGGAAGCGCGAGGAGGAACGCGAUCCGAUGAGAGUAAUUAAAGGGGUUAAAAAGCAGCUUACGGUCAAGGAGAUGCGGGAUUAUGCGAUGAAGUUAGGACCGUCGCAUGGCGUGCCUGAUGUGUUUAAGUACAGCGAUGAUUGGAUUAAGAAGGUUCUAGAAGAAAACGGGUUGAAUAAGAAAGGAGAGGAGAUUAGUAGGGCAGGAGGUGAAGGUUCGGGGAAUAAUGACGGUGGGGGCAGUGGAGCAGGUUUCGGGGAAGGUGGUGCUAACGGGUUGGACGGAGGCGGGAGCCCAGGCUCGGAGAAACCAGGCUCGGAGAAGCCAGGCUCGGAGAAGCCUAAGCCGAAGCGUCCUUUGGUUCGGAACGAGAUCCCGUUUGAGCUCCAGCUUCGGUACGAGAUUGCUGUGGUUAAGCGCGCUCGGCCGCACUUAGAGAACAGAGUGAUUGCUGCUGCUAUCAGGGCUAAGUACGGAGUGGAAAUGACCCCGAGGGCAAUAAGGAAGAUCGGGGAGGAGAGUGAUAAGUGGUUUAGGCUGGCUGCAGGAGUGGUCUCAGAUCCUGACCAAUCACGAAUGGAGGAGGCUUUAGCGGAGUGGGUGAUUAAAGAGGAGGAGACGGAGAAGAGGGAGGUGACUAUAGAGGAGAUUAUAGCGAAGGCAAAGGAGAUUGGGCCGGGGUAUAAGGUGCGGCCGAAUUUCAAGUAUGGCAGGUCAUGGGCUACGAGGUUUAUGAAGAGGUUCGGGUUGCUGCUGCUGUCGGAGACUAGUACCAAGGAUGCUGAUAACGAGGAUGAGGGAGGGGCGAGAGGAGCGGGAGGAGAGGGAGGCGAUGAUGGUUAUGAUGACUGGUUUGAGAGAGAAUUCGGGGGGCGAGGGGGAGGAGGAGGAGGUGGAGGGGGAGGGGGAGGAGGAGGAGGUGGAGGAGGAGGCCAGGCAGGGAGGUAUCAGGCCAGCGAGGGAGGAAGGCAAGGAGUUGAUAGGGAGUCUGGGGGAGAGGAGGAAGGGCAGGGGGAUGAGGACAGGGAAGGAGAGGAGUGGGGAGGCGAGGAGGAGGCGGGGGAGGAAGAGGGGGAUGGCGGCGCAGGGGAGGAGAGGGAUGGUGGAUUAGUUAGUUUCGUAAAUCUGCAGAUGCGAACAGCAAAUCGUGCUGCCAGGCAGGUGUUAUGUGAGUCGGCAGGGGCAGGAGGCGCGGGUACAGUGGCGGGACGGGGUGCAGAAGGAAUGAAAAAGAGAGGAACCAAGCGGGUUAGGUGGGUGGACGAGCAGCAGGGGGCGGGAGACGAGGAGAGGGGAACCGGGGAGAGGGAUGUGGGAGAAAGGGAAAGUCGGGAGGGUGGUUUUGGGGGGGUUGAAGGGACUGAGGGGGCUGAUGCGGAUGGUGAUAAUGGUGGUGAUGGCGAUGGCAGUAGUGAUUGGGUUGGUGAUGGUGGUGCGGGUGGUGGUGCUGAUGGUGAUGGUGCUGCUGCUGCUGCUGGUGCUGCUGCUGGUGCUGCUGCUGGUGGUGGUGAUGGGGAUGGUGGUGGUGAUGGUGAUGGUGCUGCUGCUGCUGCUGCUGGUGCUGCUGCUGGUGCUGCUGCUGGUGGUGGUGAUGGGGAUGGUGAUGGGGAUGGUGGUGGUGAGGGUGGUGGUGUGGAGAAACAAAGGCAUGCGGCACACAUUGCGGAACACAGUGCGCCACACAGUGCAGCCACAGAAGCUGGUGCUGUCAUCAUCCUCACAGCGGAGGGGGAAGCACUGGAUGAGGACAACAGUGAAGGAGAAGAAGCAGAACGAGGCCCAGUGGCGCUCGUCGUACUGGAUGGGGAUGAUGCAUCCGAGGAGGGAGGUCUAGGCCACUCUGAUGGUGCACGCGCAGCAGGGUCCGAUACAGACAAGGGUGGUUGUAAUGCUCACAGCACGCCCACUGGCGUCUCUUCCCCCAUACCCAUUGUUCUCGCCCUUGCUGCCGCCAACGAUCCCGAUACCCCCACCACAACCCUUCCCACCUCUUCCCAAGCUGCCCUGGCUUCUCAAGCCUCGAACCCCCCCAAUUCCUCCCAAGCCGCAUGGGCUGCCGAAACCACAGAAAAGGCUCCUAUCCCCCCCUAUUCCGAUGAUUCGAAGCGUUGCACGGUCAGGGAGCUGACGGUGGGUCAGAAGCGCGCCUUCUGCCUCGUGCGCCACGCCCUGCCGUACCUGCGCCGAACCAACAUCCACGAGCUCGCCAAGGCUGCGCUGCCGGCUUGGGGAGCGCGCGUGUCGUUUGAUACUGUAAAGUAUGUGGUGAGGGACAGCUGGUGGUGGCUGAAGAUUCCACGGGGGAAGGAGGAAGAAAUGAAGAAUAAACCAAGGAAAAAGAGGAGGAGUAGGAAAGAGAAGGGCACAGGGCAGUGCGCGAAGCUGGAAGAGGCGUUAUGGAAGUGGAUAGAGGGGAUAGGAGCAGCGGAGUUGGUGACGAAAGGAAGGGUAAAGGAUAGGAUGUUGGUGAUGGAAGUGGGGGUGCGGGGUAGGGGUGGGACAGGCGGGAAGAGCGGAGAUGGGAGAAGGAGGCGGCAUUGCUCGUCUGAGUUCCCUCAAAACCCUCAAUUGUCCGCCCCUGUUUUUCUGACGCUGGAGAUGAUCAGAGGCAUGGCGAAGGAGCUAGGACCGACUUUAGACGCUCCUCCUGGAUUCAAGUACGCGGAGAACUGGGUGCGGAGGGUUAUAGCGCGGUUCCAGGCAAAGGCGAGGAGUGAGGGGGAGGGGCGAGCGGAAGGGGUGGAUGGGGAUAGGGUGGAGGGUGGGGAGGAUGAGGAGGGAGUGGAUGGGGAUUGGUCAGACGAGGAGUCGUAUGGUGAUGGGGAGAGUGAUGAGGAGAGUGAUGAGGGGGAGGAAGAGGAUGAGAGUAACGAGGGUUCAAGUGAGGAUGAUGAUGUGGUGGAGGUGGGAGGAGGAGGUGAAGGGGGGAAGAAGAGAGGGCGGAGCGGGGAGACAGCAGCGCAGAACUCGGAGCAUGCAAGGGGUGGGAAACGGGGGAAAAUCGCCACACCUUCGGGAGACAUACAAGUUGCUGCUGCUGCUGCUGCUGCUGCUGCUGCUGCUACUGCCGCCGCUCCUUGUGCCGGGGCUGAUCAGGACCCGCACCGGUAUGCGCUGCACAAGUGGGCGGACGAUCCGGACCUUUCCAGCCUCAUGCGGUGCGUGCUCGGGCCAGACUGGCUCACACAGUGCACCCGAAGAGGCGGCAUUGCGUAUGAGAACAACGGCAGCUUGACUGCUGAUGCUGCUGUUGCCGACUGCCGCCCUCCCCGCCAUCGCCGUGCGGAGGAGGAGGAGGAGGAGGAGGAGGAGGAGGAGGAGGAGGAGGAGGAGGAGGAGGAGGAGGAGGAGGAGGAGGAGGAGGAGGAGGAGGAGGAGGAGGAGGAGGAGGAGGAGGAGGAGGAGGAGGAGGAGGAGGAGGAGGAGGAGGAGGGGUAUAGCAGGCACGGCAGGUGUCAAAGGACAAAGGGAGACAAGUAUGGGUCGGAGGCAGGCGGGCGGCGUGCGUCGUUUGAGAGUGCGUGGCAUGUGCUGGUGGGUGCGGGAUCAGGUGGUGAGAGUGGGGAUGGAGAGGGGAAGAGGAGGGGUGAAGGACGGAGUGUGAGGGAAGUGGGCGGCAGAAAGCGGGCGGCAGAAGUGAUUGAGCUCUCAGAUGAUGACAAAGAGGAGGAGAAGGGAUCAGAUGAUGAUGUGGUGGAGGUGAGGGGGGGUGGAUGGGGGAAAGGUGCGAAGGGUGGUGGUAGAAGCAGCGGCAAGAAGCGACGGCGGGAGAAGGAGAAGGAGAAGGAGAAGAAAAAGGAGAAAAGGAGGUACCGUCGUGGAAAGGGCCGGCGAUCACGGAAGGACAGCUCGAGUGAUGAUGACGACGAGGAUAAUGAGUCUGAUGAUAACGAGGAUGUGGAUGGGGAUGAGGAUGGGGAUUAUCGGGAUGAGGAGGACGAGGAGGGGGAGCAGGAUAACUCCCAGGGGCGGGGUGGGAUCCUGCAUGUACGGAGGAACCUCAGGAGAAGCAGCACAGGUGCAGCAGGAUCAACUGGAGCUGGUGGCAUUUCAAGCAUUCCGAGCCAUCCGAGCAAUCGGAGCAACCCACUGAAUCCGAGCCAGUCACUGGCUCUGGUGGCGCAGGCUGCAUCUGGGGCGGGCUUACCUCUUCCCGCCUCAGUCACGCAGGAACGGGCUGCUGCUGCUCUUGCUGCCGCCAUUGCAGCUGCUGCUUCCGUUGCCCGUGGUGACUCCCCCAAUGUUGCUGCUUACAACGCUACUGCUGCUGCUGGUGCCCGUGGGAGUGGGGGUGCUGGGUGGGGGGGUGCUACUAGGGGAGGGAUCGGUGGUGUGUCUGGUGGCGGGUUGGCUGGUGGUGCUGCUGCGAUGGGAGGUGCUGGUUUUGGGCAGUUACUGGGUGCUAUAAAUGCUGGUGUGAUGCGGAAUGCUGUUGGGAUGGCUGAAACCACAGCAGCUACAGCCGCACCACCUGAUUCACCAGAGGCUGAGAUCACAGGUGCUACAGCCGCAUCACCUGAUUCACCAGAGGCUGAGAUCACAGGUGCUACAGCCGCAUCUGUAGCAGCUACAGCCGCACCACCUGAUUCAGAGGCUGAGAUCACAGGUGCUACAGCCGCACCACCUGAUUCACCAGAGGCUGAGAUCAGAGGUGCUACAGCCGCAUCUGUAGCAGCUACAGCCGCACCACCUGAUUCACCAGAGGCUGAGAUCACAGGUGCUACAGCCGCAUCUGUAGCAGCUACAGCCGCAUCACCUGAUUCACCAGAGGCUGAGAUCACAGGUGCUACAGCCGCACCACCUGAUUCACCAGAGGCUGAGAUCACAGGUGCUACAGCCACAUCUGUAGCAGCUACAGCCGCAUCUGUAGCAGCUACAGCCACACCACGUGAUUCAGAGGCUGAGAUCACAGGUGUUACAGCCACAUCUGUAGCAGCUACAGCCGCAUCUGUAGCAGCUACAGCCGCACCACCUGAUUCACCAGAGGCUGAGAUCACAGGUGCUGAAAUUGAUGCCGUGGACGCCACCAUUGGCAAGCUCCUUGAAGGAAAGGAUUCUGACACACCUGUAGCUGCUACAGCUUGUGAAAAUGUGGAUGCGACAACUGAGGCUAAUGCUGUAGCUGCUACAGCCGAUGAGGUAAUGGCUGUAGCCGCUACAGCCGAUGAGGUAGUGGCUAUAGCCGCUACAUCUGGUGAGGAUACACAAGAAAAGAUGGAACGACAGGUGCCUAGAGCAACAGUCACGGAUGAUAUGGAAGUGGAUGGAGGUACGGCUACAGGCGGUAAGGCAGGGGAUCUCACAGUAGCUACAGCUGGUGAGACAGGGAAUGGCACAGCAGCACCUACAACCAACGAGGCUGAAGAUGCCACAGCAGCGACAGCUGAUGAUGAGGCAGGAGGAGACGCCACUGUUGCGGCAAAGAACAUGGCUAGAGAUGAUACUGCAGCAGGUGAUGAUGGGGAGGCAAGAGGAGAUGAUGGUACGAAUGAUGUUGCACCUCAGCAUGGUGAGGCAAAGGACUCAGUUGAUGUUGAUGUGGAUGUGGAUGUGGAUGGAGAAGGAGAUGAUGCAGCAGCAGGUGAUGAUGGGGAGCGAAGAGCACUGCCGUCAUCACUAUCACUAUCGCCGUCAUCACUAUCACCAUCACCAUCCUCAUCACUUGAGUUUCUGGUUCUCCCUUUCCUUCCCCUUCGCCUAUCGUCUCUCCCUCUCUCCCGCGCUCUCCGCCUCUUCUUCCCUCCUCUCUUCCCAUCCCUCUUCCUCCCCUUUCUUCCUUUCCUACUCCCUUGUCUCCUCACUCUUUGUCUCACCUCCACUACAUCUUCUGAAUCAUCCUCACUCCCGCUCUCACUCUCACCCUCAUUCCCACUCUCACUCUCACUCUCACUCUCGCCCUUCCUAUCCUUCCUCCUCCCUCCUUUCCCUCCUCUCUCUCCUCUCUUCGCCUCCAAUACAUCCUCUGAAUCCUCCUCACUCUCACUCCCGCUCUCAUCCUCACCCUCACCCUUGCUACCUUUCCUCUUUCCUCUUCUCUUCCCUCGCCUCCUCCCCUUUCUCCCCCCUCUUCUUAACUCCUCAUCAUCUGAAUCCUCCUCACUCUCACUCGCGCCCUUCUUUCCUUUCUUCUUCCUGCCUCUCACUCUCCUUCUCCUCACCUCCACUUUUUCUCUAGAAUUCUCCUCACUCUCACUCUCACUCCUCUUGCUAGAACCACCACUCAAAUCCUCUUCCUUCACCAAUAUCUCAUUCACCUCUGCCUUCCCACCCCUCGACCGCCCAUUCCCACCGCUCUCCCGCCCAUUCUCACCGCUCUCCUGCCCAUUCUCACCGCUCUCCUGCCCAUUCCCACCGCUCUCCUGCCCAUUCCCGCCUUGCAUCUUUAUCCCCUCCCCUGCUAUCAAUUUCCCCUCCCGCACGGCUACGCUCCUUUCUCCCACCAUCCUUGUCCCCUCUCCCACAAUCACCCUCCCCUUCCCCACCGCCUCUCUCCCCUUCAUCUCCAUUUUCCCCGCCAUUGUGAGUCAUCAAGACAGGGUCACCGCCGCCCCUCUCCCUUCCAAUGCCGCCCCUCUCCCCGUCACUGCUGCGCCCCUCUCCCUUCCAAUGCCGCCCCUCUCCCCGUCACUGCCGCCGCCCCUCCUCCCCGUCACUGCCGCCCUCUCCCCGUCCUGCCGCCCCCUCUCCCCGUCACUGCCGCCCCUCUCCCUGCUACCGCCGCCCCUAUCCUCGUCACCGCCGCCCCGCUCCCCGUCACUGCCGCCCAUCUCGCCCCCAUCCCCUCCAGCCUGUCCCCCUGUUUCUCUCCCCACACCAUCCGUCUCCCUCCUGCAUCCCCACCAGCCUGCAUGGUGUUUCCAGUC